ACUUCAUGGUUUGAAAUCUGGAAAGACGUUGAAAGAGUUUCGCGGUCAUUCGUCUUUUGUUAACGAUGCAAUAUUUUCAUAUGACAUGUCAAGGGUAAUCAGCGCAAGUAGCGAUGGUACUGUAAAGGGAGCCACCGCAACUAUUUCAGGUGGAAUAACGGUUAAUUGUGUUGUUCAAGUGCCAAAGAAUAUGGAUCAAAUAAUUGUUUGUAAUAAAAGCCCUACAAUUUACUUAGUAACCAUGAGAGGACAGAUUAUUAAAACAUUUACAUCAGACAAGAAAACAGGUGGUGAUUUCGUGAGUUGUACAGUUUCACCACAGGGCGAUUUCAUUUAUUGUGCAGCAGAAGAUUCAAAUUUAUAUUGUUUUAAUGUUCAAACUGGAAAGUCAACAGCUUUAAAGUUAUCUGAUUCAGAAGUUAUUGGAACUUCGCAUCAUCCAUUUUCAAACAUUUUGGCAUCAUAUGCUGACGAUGGAAUUAUAUCUUUGUGGAAACCUUAA